AUGAGUGAAACUAACAGAUAUGUUACGUACGAUGCCGACGCCAGAAAGAUGCGCGUCAACACUUCGAGAGAGAAACGCCUGUACAAUACAUUUAUGAUUGUCGCUGCGGGCUUUGCUUUAAUUUCAGAUGGCUACCAAAACAACGUUAUGUCUAUGCUUAAUAAAGUUUUUCCACUAGAGUACGGCAAACACGCAUACAACGGUGACGUUUCCACACGAGUCUCAAACGCUUCAUUGGUUGGAACAAUUUUAGGACAGGUUACCAUAGGUGUCGCUUGUGACUAUAUGGGUCGGAAAUGGGCGAUUCUGGUGGCAACUCUGAUGCUGGUGGGCGGUUCAGCACUUUGUGCAGCAUCGCACGGUAAAACGGUAAGCGGGAUGUUUUGGAUGUUAACUGUGAUGAGAGGAGUGACCGGGUUUGGGAUAGGUGCUGAAUAUCCCUGUUGCUCGGUGAGUGCGAACGAGGCAGCGAAUGAGCAUAGCGAGAAAAAACGUGGCGGGAUCAUGGUUAUGGUCACUAACCUUCCCCUAUCGUUGGGAGGCCCUUUUGCCAACAUUAUCUUUCUCAUCGUGUUUUCGAUUUGCGGAAAAAAUCACCUGAAUGCUCUCUGGAGAGUCAUGUUCGCACUUGGUUGCUUUUGGCCUCUGAGCGUGUUUUACUUCCGCUGGAAGACCAGCACUAACACACUUUUCCAGAAAGGCCAGUUCAAAUCACAAAUUCCCUAUUGGCUCACCAUUAAAUACACUUGGAAGAGACUUCUUGGAAGGUGUUUUGUAUGGUUCUGUUACGACUUUGUUGCCUUCAGCAACAGUUUGUUCAGCGGAACCAUUAUCAGCCUGGUUAUAAAGAACGGCAAUGACCUGAAAACAAUUGCUGAAUGGAAUUUGUUGCUUGGAAUCAUCGCGGUACCAGGCUGCUUUGUAGGUGCGUGGCUGUGCGACAGGAUUGGACGCAAGUACACGCUGAUGUUUGGCUUCAGCGGAUACUUGGUUUUCGGGCUUAUCAUUGGUUGCGCCUGGGACAAGAUCUCAAAAAUAACGGCCCUGUUCAUUAUAUUCUAUGGUUUGAUGAAUGGGCUAGCAAACGCGGGGCCCGGUGAUAUGCUUGGGUUGGUUUCCAGCGAGUCUUUCCCCACAGCCGUUCGCGGUACUUGCUACGGCUUGAGUGCUGCUAUAGGAAAAGUUGGCGCAGUCGUAGGAACAGAGUGCUUUACUCCCAUCAAGGAUCGCUUGGGAAUCCGCUGGGUAUUCAUUAUUGCAGCCCUUUGCGGAGUUGCCGGCAUCAUUGCGACAUGGCUACUGAUUCCUCACCUACUGGAGAGCGACCUUAUGGAGCAAGAUAUCAAUUUCCACAACUUUCUGGUAAAGCAUGGAUGGUCUGGUACUAUGGGAUUCGAUACCGAAGAUCGUCUCGAGAACAAAAACAGUGAUGCUGAUGAGACCGCUGAUUCUCUAAACAAAGAUUUAAAUCCCGAAAUUAUUACGCGCGAAAUAUCUGUAUGA